AUGGACUCCCCUAAACCUCCCACGAUCGUGGAGGAGCUGACCUGUGCCACCGGGGAUGGCAGUGCCUACAGGGGAACCAUCUCCGUGACAGGAUCAGGGAAGACCUGCCAGCUCUGGGCCUCUCAGAAUCCACACGAGCAUUCCAGGACGCCAGAGAAGUACCCGUGCAAGGGGCUUAAAUCGAAUUACUGCAGAAAUCCUGACAAUGAGAGAAUGCCUUGGUGCUACACGACGGACCCCGGCACUCGAUGGGAGUACUGCAAGGUGCCGACCUGUGGAAAUGAGCAUGUCCCAGCCCGUCUGAAGUGCGGACAGGCCAAGGUGAAGCCUGGGAAGUGCUUUAACCGAAUUGUUGGAGGAUGUGAAUCCUGUACUGAUCCUUGUACUGAUGACUGACAACAAGAGGGAGAUGGAGUUCAAAGCCUGGCUUCAAAAUACUACAAAAGGGUAUCAAUUUCAUCGAAGCUCGCAAAACCAACAAUUUUGCACUAAUCAAUUCAGCGCAAGCUGAAGAAUCACAUUAACGUCUCCAUGCGUUUAUGCAGUCAGUUGCUGCCACAUAAUUGGCGGAUUAAAUAUUUGCUUUAACAAGCUGCUGCACAGGUCUACCUAAUAAAGUGAUCAAUGAGUGUGUAUACCAGGAAUGACCAAGUAUACUGGUUGGUAUGUCUAUUGAGAUAAAGACAACACAAAGUU